CGUCAUAGGCUCAUGGCUCCACGGUUCGGCUGAAAUAGCGUUACGAGCUCGCUUCUGCUGCCUUGGCCCAAGCUCUUCCCAUUGAGCAUCAGCGAUGGUCUGGUCGCUGCAGUCUUUGGGUGCGGCACCGGAUACCUCAUUGCUCCCGAUACCUUUGUCACUGCCGGGCACUGUGUUUAUCGCAAAGGUCUCGGUCGUUGCACGGAAAUGCAAACAUAUCCAAGAUCUCCCAUCUCGACGUCGACGAUCUCCCCACCCUCACACGCUUUUCUCACUUCGCUCAGCUCGCUCAAACCUUCACCCACUCCAAAAUCUCCCAUCUCGACGUCGACGAUCUCCCUAUCCUCACACGCUUUUCUCGCUUCGCUCAGCUCGCCCACCGGCACCUAGCAAGCGUCUCUCCGAAGAGUACCAGUCUAAUAAUUCCGUCCUCUCCAGCCUAGCCGUCUACAACGCCGACCUCAUCCCUAACGUAUCUUCCUCCUACCAAAACCUCGACACCUUCCCCCGUCUAGCUCUCAUCGCGCCAUUAUCUACCGAUCAUCAUAUCGAACACAAAAGCAUCCGGCCGAGAAGGCCAAUAUUUCGCUAGGCCCAAACGGAGGCAUUCCGAUCCAUACACGGGAGCGUUCCUGAAUGGUGUUGACGGUUCCAUCAUCAGAGAUGCGCAGCGGACGGCCUCUCCCUCAUAUCGCAUGCUGAUCUUCACGAUAGCUGUCAGGGGUAUUAGCAGUGAUACGUCGAGAGGAGGGAUUAAGCUUGGAUCUGAGGUCACUUACAGCGAAAUUUGCCGCCGUCG